GAUAAGGAUGAUUCAGUUUCUUUUUUGGGUUUACUCUGUAAUAAGCAGUGUUCUUUCAAGUACAGCAUCUGCAGAAGAUGUUUGUGGCGAACGAAAAGAUUCCAGUUGGAGAUGGAACGUACGGAUAAUCGACAGGGUACCAGUCCGUGAUUCGAUACUCUGCGAUGGAACAUUAUUAAAUGAAAGGUUUGUGCUAACUGUAGCGCACUGUUUGUUCGAUCUUAAUGGUGAUCCGCUUGAUGUUCGUAAACUAUGGAUUUUGAUUGCGGACGGUGAAUCAAUGUCCAUAGAACGAACCUACUACCCAAAACCGUUCAAUGUGGAAGAACUGGAUAACGAUUUGGUGUUAAUCAUGAUGGAUCGGCGAGUGGUGUUCAAUGCGCUAGUUGCUCCCGUUUGUAUACCUGAUCCCACCAGAAAGAAAUUGAAAGAGGUUGUUGUUCCUUCGUGGGAGAGUGAAAUGUUACCGAUAAACGAUCCGGUUACAUGCCGAACUAACACCGAAAAAAUAUUCCAAAAGACGUUCGAAGGGGCUCUCUGUCUAGGAUUUUUCAAAGAAACCCACAAGUUUAUUGAAAACGCAGGAAACGGUUUAUUCGAAUAUAAGAACGGUAAAUGGUUCCUAGUUGGAGUGCAAAUGUACGGUACUGGCCAAACUAAAGCACAAACAAGCUACAUUGGAGCCGUUUCACUGCAACCGUAUGUCAUUUGGCUAAGAGGGAUAUUAAAUUACCAUGCAGCGCCUAACCUUAGCGAGAAAAAAUGCGAAGAGCUCACACUCAAUAAGAGCCCACAAGCUAUUGACAGAGAUGAAGCGGUUAAUCUUUUAGAAUCUGAGCGAACAUCCUCGCGUACUUUAUGCCAUGGAACACUUAUCAGUCCUCGAUUUGUGCUGACGACAGCUAAAUGUGCUCGAAAAACAAAACGCGUGUUUAUUUCAUAUGGCGCCAACAAUUCUGAGGGGUUUAACAACUUGAAAUUUUAUUACGAGGAAUGGAACGACAAACUGGCACUUAUUGAUCUGCAACAGGAUGUGAGAAAUUCUGAGAUUAUGCUAAGCUGCUUGGGGAUCGGAAGGGAUACGGAAAGUUUUGUUUUUGGUACACAAAUUAUUCACCGAAAUUCCUUUACUCAUAUCGAAGGUCUCCAGGUCCAGUAUCGCGCGAACUCUCCGCUUCAGGUGAAGUACUACUGUUCACGGUAUCUGUACCCGGGGCAGUUAACCAUUGCUGGGGAUGCACUGACUAUUAAAGAACAAAACGACACUCGUAACCGACUAAUUGGUUUCCUAGAGGAAGAGCUGAGCUGUGAAUCGUGGGAUUAUUUCUACGAACGUCCAAAAAUGGUAGAAGGCAUUAAUAUUGAGAUGUAUUUACCUUGGAUAGAAGAUAUCGUAUGGCAAAGCAGAAAUUAAUUAUUUGACGGAAAUGAUCUGCAUUACGAUGCCUCAAGACUUGGGGUGAAUCGCGCAAUGAAGCGAGUUUUUUAUUUACAUGAAAGUGACAAUUCGAUUCGAGAUGAGCAUUUUCACCCCUAUCGUGACUAUCGCCCUUUAAAAAUAUAUCUAUACGUUAUGCUAUUAUUCCAAAUUUCCUGAAUUAAGGGGAUGCACCACUGUAGAGCACGAAAAAAUAGACAUAUUUCGGAAAUUUUUCUUGACGCAAUGAAGGAAUGAAUCGAGAUCCUGUAAGGGAUCAUUCAUAAAUUACGUAACGCUUUUAGGGGGGAGGGAGAAGGUAUGGCAAGUUGUGAC